CACCCGGAAGACAGCAGUGAGUGUCAAAGAGCCCGAAGUAGGUUGAAGCAGUUUAAACGUUUAAGGAAAAAAAAAAAAAAAAAAAAAAGGUUGUCAGUCAGGUUUUAUUUGCAGUGUUUUCAGGCGCAAAGAUGAUGCAGGCUUUGAAAGGCGUCAGAUACGUGACAUCCAGCACAAUGAAACAAGCAGUUUCAGAGCUCUCUGUGGCAGUCCCGUGGGGGGAGAUCCGAGGUAAAGUCUGGGGUCCUGACCACGGACAUCCUGUGCUGUGCCUGCAUGGCUGGGCUGACAACUGCGGUACAUUCAACACGCUUGUUCCCCUUCUGCCAAAAGAGUGUCGAUAUGUGGCAAUGGACCUGGCAGGUCACGGUCGCUCGUCGCACCGUCCUCCUGGAGUUCUGCACGCCUUUCCUUCCUACGUGAUGGAUGUACGCAGAGUCGUUGAUGCUCUGCAGUGGAGCAAAUUCUCCAUUAUAGGCCACAGCAUGGGUGGUAACGUUGCAGGAAUGUUCAGCGCUCUGUAUCCGGAGAUGGUGGAUGCCGUUGUGCUGCUGGACUCCUACGGAUUUUUACCUACAGACCAGAAGGAAAUGCCCAAAGUGAUCAGGCAGGGGUUCGAAGAGAUGCUUCUGUUUGAAAAAACGAUGGAGGAGAAGAAGAGAGUGUACACUUACGAGAAGGCAGUAGAAAGGUUGAUGUCUGUAAACCAAACUCUUUCUGAACGCUCUGCGAAAAUCCUUCUGGAGCGAGGUCUGGUUCAGGUUGAGGGAGGAGUUGUGUUCUCCAGAGACUUUCGUGUUAAUCUGAAAAACAUAGCACGCAUCAGUUUGGAGCAGAGUCUGGAGCUGCAUUCGAGGAUCACGGCCUCUGUCCUAGUUGUUCUAGCAGAAAGUGGCUUGGACAAAAUAUUUGCUGAAGUCGAGCAAAAAAAAUUUACAUCAGCACUUCUUCAGGCCUACAGGGACAAAAAUCAAUCCGUGGUGACCGUUCCAGGUGAUCAUCACAUCCACCUGAAUAAGCCUGACAUCGUCGCUCCAGUUGUGUCGGACUUCCUGCAGACCAAAGUCCUCUCACGCUCUGCUACACCAACUAAUGGCCAGACCUCUAAGUUAUAACAGACCAGUUACUCUUCGAGUCACGUCACACUGACUCUACUGCUAAUCCUGUAUUUGUACUGUACUAUUUACACAGGUUUAACUUUGGUGCUUAAAACUCACUCGGCUGGUCGUCUUAGUGGACUCAUUAAUUAUUUAAAGCCUUUUAAAAGGUAGUGGUGCUGUUUAAAUGAGAAGACAAAAUUUUGCCAUCGCUGCCAUCUCUGUCUGUUAACUCAGGCUUUCUGCCUCAGGCUCUGCACUCAGUAACAUGAGGGCAUCAGAGGUUUGAGUUCUUCUAUUGCGCUGCCUGGAGCAUGCACCACAUACUCCAAGCACAGGCAGUUUCAAACACAUUAUACCACAUUGGAGCUCUCAAACUUAAACUAUUAUUAAACUAUUCCAUAGCUUGAUAAUUGUC